AUGUUCAUGCCAGGACAGGAAGCCAUCUCUCCAGAAGAGAUCAAGGCUGGUGAACUGGAAGCUUUCGAGACUCUCAAGAUGGUUGCCACUGGGAGUGUGUUGCUCUAUCUCUCGCCGUUUGCCAUUGACUUCGUCCGAAGACUUUUCUAG